CCGGCACCAGACACCAGGGUGCACUUUCGCGUGACGAGGUUCAUCAUGGAGGCAGGAGUCAAGCUAGGGAUGCAAUCCGUUCCCAUUGCCACUGCUUGCACCAUUUACCGUAAGUUCUUCUGUGAGACCAACGUGGACGCCUAUGACCCUUACUUGGUCGCCAUGUCUUCCAUUUACUUGGCAGGCAAAGUGGAAGAGGAGCACCUGCGUACCCGUGACAUCAUCAAUGUGUCCACCAGGUACUUUAACUCAGGCAGCGAGCCCUUUGAACUGGACUCCCGCUUCCAGGAGCUCAGAGACAGCAUAGUGCAAUGUGAGCUUCUCAUGCUCAGAGUUCUGCGUUUCCAGGUCUCCUUUCAGCACCCCCACAAGUACCUGCUCCACUACCUGCUGUCCCUCAAGAACUGGCUGAACCGUUGCAGCUGGCAGCAAACCCCUAUUGCCAUCACCGCCUGGGCCCUGCUACGAGACAGCUACCACGGGGCGCUGUGCCUCCGCUUCCGGGCCCAGCACAUUGCCGUGGCGGUGCUCUUCCUGGCCCUGCAAGUCUAUGGAGUCGAUGUGCCCGCUGGGGCUGAGGCUGAGAAGCCCUGGUGGCAGAUUUAUACCAUGGACACAGAGUUCCCUUAA